AUGGUACCGAUGUUAUUUGUAUGCUACAUUGCUAUAGUUAUGGAGUGGGAGUUAGGGGUAAUUUGUUGUUUUGUUAUUUUUGUUGUUGUUACUAAUACUGAUGACGACGACAAUGACGACGACGACGACGAUGACGAUGACGAUGACGAAUACGAUGGCAGUGGUGGUGAUGAUGAUGAUUAUAGUGAUAAUGGUGAUGAUGGCACUGUUGCUGCUGUUUGCUCCGAUCGGUGA